ACCAGACCAAUAGACGUAGUAGUACUCCGUAGGACUGGUGCGGGGUGCUGCUUUAGACAAACAUCACCAGACCCCCUUCUCCACUAGUUAUUUCUUUCAAACUUCUGCUCUUCUUCCCUUUUCUUCUUUUUCUUCUUCUCUUCCAUCCCAUCUUCAUCCACAUCUUCAUAUUCAACUACCAUCCAUCAUGUCUUCCGGACAGACCUUCAAGCUCAACAACGGCGUCACCAUUCCCGGUGUCGGUUUCGGUACCUUCGCCAGUGAGGGCUCCAAGGGUGAGUCCUACAAUGCCACUCUCCACGCCCUUCGCACUGGUUACAGACACCUCGACUGUGCCUGGUUCUACCAGAACGAGGAGGAGAUUGGUGAGGCCAUCCGCGACUUCCUCAAGGAGAACUCGUCGGUCAAGCGUGAGGACAUCUUUGUGUGCACCAAGGUCUGGAACCACCUGCACCGCUACGAGGAUGUCAUCUGGUCCGUCGAGAACUCGCUGAAGCGUCUGCAACUCGACUACAUUGACCUCUUCCUCAUUCACUGGCCCAUUGCUGCCGAGAAGGAGACCCAGGAGCAGCCCAAGAUUGGCGCUGAUGGCAAGUACGUCAUCCUCCACGACCUGACCGACAACCCCGAGCCCACCUGGCGCGCAAUGGAGAAGAUCUACGAAGACGGCAAGGCCCGCGCCAUUGGUGUCUCGAACUGGAACAUCUCCGACUUCGAAAAGCUCUUCAAGUUCGCCAAGGUCAAGCCCACUAUCAACCAGAUCGAGAUCCACCCCUUCCUCCCCAACGAAGAGCUGGUGCAGUACUGCUUCAAGCACGACGUCCUGCCCGCCGCUUACUCGCCCCUUGGCUCGCAGAACCAGGUCCCCACCACUGGCGAGCGUGUCAGCGAGAACAAGACCCUCAACGACAUUGCUCAGAAGGGCGGCAACACUCUUGCUCAGGUCCUCAUCGCAUGGGGUCUGCGUCGUGGCUACGUUGUGCUGCCCAAGAGUGGUAACCCGGCCCGUAUGGAGUCCAACUUCAAGAGCAUCAACUUGUCGGAUGAGGACUACGAGGCUGUCAACGCUGUUGCCAAGGGCCGUCACUUCCGUUUCGUCAACAUGAAGGACACCUUCGGUUACGAUGUGUGGCCUGAGGAGACUGCUAAGCAGCUCUCUGCUUAGAUGAUAUCAUGAUGUACGUACUGAUGAAUAGUCUCGAUUGACUCGAGCAUAAAUACUACCUAGAGGGCUC